AUGUCUCUCAAUGGGCUAGAUACUCCCACGGUCGUCGAAGCCUACCAGAAUGCCCUGGCCGACGCGGGCGGUUGGUUUCUAUUACACUACACCGCACGGGAUGAGGUCGCCCUCCUCGACCGAGGCACCGGCGGGGUGCCCGAGGUGCGCAAUGCCAUCGACAACUACAACGAGACCUCGCCGCUCUAUGGCUUCUUGCAUUAUCGCAGGAGGAAAGUCAUCCUGCGGUUCAUGCCCGAGGGCCUGUCACGACUCAUACUAGCCCGAAGUAACGUCCAGUUUCAGUCCGUCCUCGACAAAUUCAACCCGCACGAUACGGUACUUCCUUUGGCUCAGGCUUCCGACUUGAACGAGAGCGCCCUGUCAUCUGCCUGCCUUCUCCACACGGCCUCGGGAUCAAUCACGUCUUCCUCGAGCUCACUCCGGCGCCGUCGAUUGAUGGAGAUCACCGAAGAUGCGGAGGAAAAUGGCGCAAAAGAAGAGUCAAAGGAUCAACCCGAAUUGCAAUCGCAGUCGCAACCACAAUCUCCUCCCAUGGUAGAGACAAGACAACGAUCUGAUAGCCAGAAGUCGGAGGCUACUAUUGUACCACCCCCCUCGACAACCUCCCCCGAAGUCGAGAUGUCCUCGCCCGAACUUCGACCUCCUCCAUCGCGAGCAAGUUCCCGUUCCCCUCUCUCGCGCGGUAGUCCGAGCGAAUCGCACUCAAGCAACAUGUCUCCAACUUCCCCUCGAUCCCCCGAAUCUGUGACAUCGGAGCAUUCCCGGUACCGGAAUAUUCUCGACGAGUUUCCUCGCCCGUCAGAGGAAAUUCGAAUGUCGACUCAGUCUGCGCGACCCUCGUUACGCGAUCUGGAGCGAGCGGCUGGGUAUACACCCAAAGUCAAGCUAGGUCCACGUCCCUCACUCGACCAAAGUGGACGGCCUCGCACCUCAGGAAGCUCGCGAAACCCUGACCAACGACCCGUUGCCUCCAUGCCCGCCGGCAUGCGUCCAUCCUCCGUGCGCAAACCCCCGAGCAUCAACGAAGUCCCCCGUCCUCGAUCUCAAGGAAGCUCCUUUGCAACCAAACCGAACAGUCGAGCACCUCCAAUUCCACCCUUGCUGGUCCCUCCUCCGUCGAUUCCCAUUUCGAGACCGCCUCUCUCUCCCGGUGCCAAAUCCUUGGGUGCCCUGUCAACCUCGUCCGGCCUGACUCCAGAGAAAGAGCGCUUGAUGAAAGCGUUGCACCAGCGGAAAAAACAAAUGGCUAAGCGGGCGGAACAAACGAAGAAGAAGCAGGCAAUGGCUGAUGUAGAAGAAGAAGAAGAAGCAAAGGAGACAAAAACAAAGGAGCCUGUUCAGAACGAGGAAGAAAAUAAGGAGAAUAUUAAUCUGGCGCCCCAGCUAGCUGCGAGCCCCAAAAUUGAGGCUAAAACAGUAUCUGAGCUUGAAACCAAGCUCGAAUCAGAGAAGCCGCAAGAAAUUCAAGUUCAUGGGAACCUUGCAGAACCGCAGAUGCCGGUGCCCGAGCCAUCCGAGGUACCUGAGCAGCCUCAAGACCUGGCUCCAUCUGGACCCGAAGAAGACCAGUCUUCAGCCUGCCCUGAGGCACCAGUGCCUGACUCGCUUCAGGAUCAGGCAACGAUCGUGCUUGAAGACGAGCAGGUCUCUCCUGAAACGUCAAAGGAUGACCCGGAAUUGAUCGCCGAUGCAGCGGUCUCCGAUUCCGAAUGCCCAUCUUCUCAUAAUUCGGACCCCAGCGCGGACACGACAUUUUCUACUGACCGCGCCGAGACACCUCUGGAAACUGCCAAGUCCGAAACACCGCAGACUUUCAUCGAAAUCGAGGGUUCUGAAGUUGAAACACACGAGGAGCCCACAGACUCCGCAAUUUCUGACCUAAUUGAGACUAAGGACGACCUAGUCCCACCUAGCGCCAACGUCGAAGUCCCACUCACCGAGGAGGCAGCCGACGCGACGCUAGAACUGGAAAACGCUUCUCCUGUGCAACUACCUGAGGUCGCGCCAGUCGUUGACGAACAAAUCAAGGAAACCGCCACUGAAGAGGCAGCCCCCGCAGACUUCCCCGAAACCCUCACCAUCCCCAUCCUUCCGCCCGUGGAGUCUCCCCCAAGCCCCGUAGUCGAGCCUCCGGUCGCGCCUGUGUUGGUCUCUAUUGAGCCUGUCCCUCAAGACGAGACGACCCCCGAGGAGCAACACAUCGCGGCUGUUGCACCUCCUCUUCCUCCCUUGGACCAAAGGCGAAGAAAACACUUGGAGCCGAUUCAAGUACCGACGCAGGAAUUUUCCGACGACGACUGUCUCCUCUCGGAUGAUUCUUUCAUGGAGGAAUUAAGGUCGGCCACCGUGCAGGAGGCCAGACCGGUUUCGGUCAAGUCUCCCAACGGCGGCGAUCAGUCUUGGAAGGGUUCCCGGGCUGUCUCCAGCCCUUACCUCACUUCUCCAUCCGCCAUGCAAGCUUUGGCGGUGGGGCGAUCUGUCUCCAGCUCACACGUCGACAAUGGAUCUUCGACUCCAGUACUCAUGGCCAAGAAGAUCAACGUGUCUUCUGGCAUCUCGAGCCGCAUCAAGGCCUUGGAGAAGUUCUCCAGCCGUGAAGGCACUCCUUCCGGUCCGACUCCCCUCAACGGGCCGUCCGCCUCUUCCUCGUUUGAGGAGCUGCGCAAGCGUGCGUCUGUAUCAUUCCCUAGCGGUACUAUUCCAGACUUCUCUCGCGCUCCCAGCGUGAACCAUCAUGACGCUCGCCCCGUUUCUUCCAACCGUCGUACAAAUUCGAUCUCGGUGACGGCUCGCAUCGUCCGUGACACUAGUGUGUCCCCUGGUUCCUCUGGUGUUGAACCGUCAGAGUCGGAUGUCCUCAACCUCCAGGCUAGCCCUCUCACUGUGGAACAGCAUGAGACAAACGACGAGGUGGUGUCUACCAACCAGACUGUCGAGUCUCCCGCCCCCGUCGUAGAGGACCGCACCAUGUCCAUGUCAUCUGCUGGGUCCAGCCGCCAAGUCACGCCAGUUUCUCGCCCUGCAAGCCGUCUGUCAUUGUCCUCGCGUUCCAAGGCCGAUGAAAAUCUCCAAUCCGCAUCACCCACAGAUGAGAAGAAGGGCUCCCGCGCCUCCCGGUUGAUGCGCCGUAUGUCGUCGAUGACCUCAACUUCCCGCCGCAGUAUUAUCGGAGCUUUGAGCCCACCUGUAAAGGAAGAGUCUGCAGUCUCUCCUCUGGGUAACUCGGCUAUCUCGAACUCCUCGUCCCGUCAGACCCUCUCUGAGCCUGUCGAGAUUGGCGAAGUCAACGUUCAGUUCCCUGAGACCCUCCUCUGGAAGCGCCGAUUCAUGCGAAUCGAUGGGGAUGGCUACGUGGUUCUCACCCCCGGCACCAAUGAUGCCAGUGCUCGCAACAUGAUCAAGCGCUAUCACCUGAGCGAGUUCCGGACGCCUUGUCUCCCUGAUGAGGAUAUGCAGGAGUUGCCCAACAGCAUUCUGCUAGACUUCCUAGAUGGUAGCACACUGCAGUGCGCGUGUGAGUCACGACAGGGACAAUCCUGGACUCUGCAGACUCUUGUCGACGCUCACAACACCCAUCGGCAAUGA